AUGGAUGCCUUAUUCAUUACAACAGGGCAAUUGCCAACUGAUUGUGCAUUUCUAGAAAGCCUUCGGUCGAAUGGUUGGCAGGUUGUGAAAACCACUGUAGCGAUCUCAGAAUCCAAUUAUCAGCAGCACAAGCCCUCACUGGUUCUGGUGGAUGUGCGCUUACCCGACUUCAGCAGUCUUAUCAAGUAUGUUCGUAGCUAUUUUGUCAAUAUAAAAUUAUAAUU